UCUUCAUCGUCAUCUUUGUCGUCAUCACCGGCAUGCUCUCCUUAAUGGGUGAAUCAGUUCCCGCUUACAAUCUCUAUAACGACAUAUUGAAGUGGGGACCAGCAGACACGCAGCUGUACGGUUUUUACAAUAACGGAAGCGCUGCCAUAGGCACCCUGAUUGGCGUCCUGGUGUUCGUGCGCUGGCUGCGACUGCAGGACGCGUGGAUAGCUGUCAUUACUUUCGGCUGCAAGAUCGUCGGCAGCAUCCUGUUCGCCAUAGCUCCAGACUGGAGGUUUAUGUAUAUAGGUGGUGCUGUCGGCUGUUUUGGUGGAAUGGUAUGGGUCCUGGCCAGAACUAUGUUGGUGAGGCUGGUGACGAUGGACGAGAUAGGUCAGGUGUUCGCAUUGGUAAUGACUCUGGAAGCGUUAGCGCCGCUGCUGGGAUCCCUCAUUUAUGGAGAAGUCUACCAGGCCACCGUCUCCACACUCCCUGGUGCUUUCUACUUCGUCUCCGUCGGAUUCUACGUGAUCGAUCUCAUCCUGCUGCUGGUUGCGUCUUACCUCACUCGAGGGGCCGUAAGAGAAGAGAAUGAGAAACGGAGACAGAGGGCUUUACAACCGUCGGCCUAAGACGCCACAGGCUGCACCGUCAUCACUUGUCAUCAUCUCAUCGAAUCUCAACUGCUGCACGGCUCCUUAGCCCUGAAGGAUAGCAGGAAAGUCGCAGGCGGAUCGCGCAGCGACGAAAUUACCGCCUCUCUAAUUCGAGUUGUGGCUUCACUACAAUGCUGCACAGAAGAACGGAUGAGCGCA